UUGUGUUGCGGAAGAAGAAGAACAAUCACAAUUAAAAACUUUUUUAUUUAUAUAUUACACAAAAACUAAUAAAUAUUAUGAAUGGGAAACGUUCCUAUUUGGUUCCUAAAAGUACAAGCAGCAAAUAUAAUGGUAAACUUAAAGAUAUAUUGUCUUCGACUAGGCAUAAAUCAGAAGGAAAAUACAUUGAGCACGAAAACAAUUUAGCUAAUAUACCAAUAAUAAAACAAACUGAAAAUGCUAGGUUGUUAACUAAGUACACUGCAGUUCUGGCAAGAUCUGCUGAGGAUGGUGUAAAUAUGGAUGAUUUGGAUCAAUUACAGCACGAUUUAGAGAAAUUAUUAUCAACAAGUGUGUCAAGAAGUAGAUUUCUUACAUCUGAGAUUGAAUCGAUUGAUAAAGUCGAGGAAAACAGAGACAAAAAGGAGAAAAACUAUGAUAAGACUCCCUUAAAACGAAAACGACCUGACGACAAGCCAAAGUACAAAGACUUCAAGAAUGGAGCCAGAGUCAUAAAGAAACAAUACGGUUUACCAGUAAAUAAUUUGCUGGGCGAUGCACAUUUACAAAAUGAAGUUCCAAAAGUUGCACUUCCUAAAAACGACAAUUCUGACAAAUUCUGGGCCUCCAUCGAACCCUACUGUGCCAAUGUAUCCAAAGAAGAUGUCACUUUCAUAGAAAGCCUUCUGGAAGAAUUUUCCAAGGAAAUUGAUAUAAAAAUACCGGAAAUGGGCGACCAUUAUGCGCAUGAAUGGUCAGAAGAGUUACUUUCAGAUGAACAAGGUUUAGGAAGAUCACCCAAAUCGAAGUCGGGACAAAACUCAGACAUCAAAAAGAAUGGACUUUCAGCGUUGGUGGAGACAAUAACCAGUCAGCACACACAAAAGCUCCUAGCAGCUCUGAAAGAGGAGAAACCUCUAUCACAGUUCCCAAACAUGGAAAAAUUAAAAGCUGAUUUAAGCCUUAAAAGUAAUGGGCCAAGAGUGGGGGUGUGCAUGGAUAGUAAGCUUGAGCAAACCAUAUUAAAUCUAGAGGAAGUACCAAAGAAUACAGAAAACGAUGAAAUUCUAGCAGAAAUAAGAAAAUGUCAGCAAGAAUUAAAAACUAUAAAUGAAUACAACUUGGAGGAGCUGAAAAAGUUGAAAACCGUCGUGGAAAAUGAUUUGCAAAAGCAACAAGUCAAAGAAGAGUUGGAGAAAAUUGAUAAUCAAGUUUUGGAUUUGUACAACAAGGUUCUCAUAGCUAAAAAACAAGCUCAACAAGCCGAAGGAGAUGAAUACGAUAAAAAUCUUUUCAUGCAGCAACUUGCUAAUGACUUUGAGGCGCAAGCCGAUGAUAUUUUAAAGCAACAAAAUAUGCUACACACUUGGGCAUACCCUGAGUCCAAUGCCGAAACGCCAAAUAACGAUCAAUAUUUUGUAGAUGUGAAUGUUUAGAAUAACUUGAAAUUGUCAACAUAUCUGUCAAUAUACUAGGCGAAUUUUCAUUACAUAAAUUCAUAAACAAACUGUAUAUUAUUUUAAAGAAAUACAAAUAGUCGCAGUAUAUUAAGAGAUAUGUCUGUAAAAUAUUAUUUUAAACCACUCUGUAUAUGUAUAAAUAAUAGUGAAUAAUAAUUAUUGUUAGUAUUCAGGGUAUACUUUCAAGUACAAAUAUCAGGAUGAAUUUGUGCUUUUUUUAACUACACAAUUAUUUUGGCUUUUUAAUUUGAGACUGAAUUUCUUAUUUUUUUGCGAAAUUAUUAUUAAUUAAUUUUUACAUUAUUAUGUAGUGGUAAUUUUAUCCAGAGG